CGCAAUACGUCGCGCAUCCCGACGCUCAAGACGACCAAGACCGCGUCCAGCGGCCGACCGGACUACCAGUUAGAGCGCCGCUUCAACGACUUCGCCGACCUGCGCUACCAGGUGUGGUCGUACGCGCAGCGCAAGCAUGAGGUGGGCUGCGCGUGUUGCAAGUACUGCGACGCGUUCAUGAGCUACAUCGUGCACUCGAUGUCGCAGCCGCGGUUGUUCGUGAAGUUGGCCACCGGCGUGGAUACGCGCAAGAAGCUGAUGACGACGUUCUGCAACGACUUCAUCAGCCUCACACUGGGCGGAAGAUCGGACUCUCAGCUGCGUAGCUUUGAGUGCGACGGCCUCCAGGCCAUUCCGCACCUGGUGCAACGCUUCUUCGAGAAAGAGGACGCAUAA